GGCUGUUUGCAAGACAGAAACUUUACUUGAAGACCGACGGAUGCGCGGUUAUUGUUACACCUCGCGGCUGUAACAGUUGCUGCUUAGAUUGUAUUUAAUGAAUUGCUUUAGAUCAAAUUAUAGCAAGCAAUAGUUUUGCUUUUCGCUUUGGCUGUUGACCGUAAGAUCUACUUGUGACGUUCGCAAGAGGAUUGCGAGUCCUUCUCGAAGAAUGACACUUGGUUUUCGUAUUCGUUUAGAAAAUUUCGCCAUUCAGAAAAGUGACUGUAGUGAAGUUCGUGACAAUAGAAAAAGCACCUCCUUGAGUUUGUCGUGCCAACACAGGAUGAGAGCAUACCUCAAUCGUUCGCUUCCAAAGCAUCGCUUCGUUGGAAAGAAUAACUAAAAUUUUGACCCCCACCUAGAAGGACGGGAAAGAAAAGGAGGAGCCCUCAGACUCAGUCUCUCAUUGUAGGACAAACAAAAAGCUUCUUGGAUAAGAACAAAAAUUGUUAUUUUUUUGAAAACGUGAAAAGAUGACUGAAAAACAAAGGAGCAUGGUGAAUCGAAACCCAAUUGAGGGACCAUCACGCGGUCCCCGCUGGUCGACCCGGGAAUAGGCCUCGACCUCGCAAAAGGCAGUAGGCUUACCCUUUUACUGACGACACGCUGAAGUAGCACACUUACGAAUCUUUUCGGUUUAGACGGAAGAAAAUUACGAACGCCUUUUCCGUUUAGAGGGUGUCGACUCGUUUCCCUCUAACACUUACGAAUCUUUUCGGUUUAACCGGAAGGCUGAUUCGUAAAGGCAGAAGAAGUUUUUGUUUACUGACGACACGCUGAAGUAGCACAAUACCGUCAGCCGACGUAAGCACGCUACGCGUACCAGUGUACCAACUUUGAGUGGUGGAAGAAUCGGUUCAACUCCGUUUUCGAAACGCGGGGUCUCCUAGUCUCCGGCGCACAUCAUAUGCGACAGACAACUUCAGCCUACAUCAUCCCGCCUUGCCCGUGUUUUCACAACUACCAGUAGUACCCCGAUUUUUAUACCAUCUUCUUAGUAAUCAGGAAUUGAAAUAAGCCAAAUUACGUCGUCCGCGGAACUACAACAUAUAAAAGUGACAAGAUAGCAGCAUCAUCAUGUACCGCCAAAAGCCGGUUGGGUCUCGCUUAUGCGAGAAGAGGAAUGAGGAGAGGAGGCAGCACUUGCACCGAGAAAAACUCCGAACAAUGCAGCCCUCCAUCGAUACGAGUGAGCCGACUUGUUUGCGGCUGGACCACAUUAGGAACAACUUGAAGCGAGAACAGUUGCUGGAGGAGAGGUAGACAUUCACCUUCACAGGCUUUGUUGUCUUUGUUGAUGUUGGGCAAGCAUCUUCAAGGAACUGAUAUUUACUUGCUGCAGAUGCUACGGAGACUUGAUGGAAGUCCACCUUACAAAUUUACUCCAUAGAAAUACUGACUUUGCAAAGUCCUAGGUAAAUCUCAUUAUUUGUGUGUCUUUGUUUUCUGAAGCAGUUCUUUCAGUCCUUGACCACAAAUACAGAUACGGCGAAAUCGAUAGGGAGAACAGGAUAUUGCUUCAAAAAAUGUCCGACAUAAUGCGAAGUAGUGCGAUUAUGCAGCCGAAAGCAGGGAGUGCAACAAGACAGCACGUCAGCAUGAAUAGGGUACCUCCUUUUUUCGUUGUGGGAUGGACCGAUGGGCACAGAAGAAAGUUCAUUUUGGUUUAUGACGAUGCGCUUUUGGUACUGUCGUUUCAUUUUUCUGUCUAUGACGACGUCAUCCCGCCUUAUGCAGCAAGAAGGUUACCCGCUCAUCCUCAAAACACCACCAGGACGCGAGAAAGGCAGAGCUUCUCAGAAUUACGAAAGAAAAUCAGCUUAUCCUGAAGCGAAUUCAAAGAGCACAGCCCAUGUACAACCACGUGAAGUGGGAGGAGAGCUACAAGUACCACUACUUGGCUUAGUGUAAGUGCUGGUAAUUGUUCCAAUGCGAUCAAGUACAGCUGCAAUUGGUUUAUUUUGCAGAUAGGGGACUAACACUUGUCAAUCUUCCGCAACUCUAUCUUGUUCAAACAGUCACAUUCGCAUUCCGGUCUCUCACAUUCCUGUCUCUCACACCCUAUCACUCAGGCGUUCUCAGUCAUAUUUGAAGAAUUGCUGCGAGUAUCCGCUUGUGCUACGACGCGGGCAAAUCCAAGAGGGUCAGGAGAUGGAGAGUAUGGCUAAACAGCCGGAUGGAACAAGUAAGCUAGACAACUACGGAGAAAAACCAGCGGACUUGAAAUAUGUGCUGAAAGAAGGUACAAUUUUACUUGAUGAAGAUUGUUUGUUUGUUUGUUUUGAUGCGCUCCGGGCGACGCGUACGAUCCCGCCGGAUUUCUUUGUGCUCUGUGUAUGUAGUGCUAUGGUCGUCAUUGCGAUCGACUAUGGUUUCAUGUCAGGUCGCCACAGUCCCCGCCAGCUGCGGCUUUUGUGGCAUGCCAGGCGCGGCGUGCUGCUGGCGGCGGCGACUGCGCGUAGGUAGCACCUGGCGGCGAGGCGCGUCCGGGUUUGGUUGACGUUCUUGCGGCCUGCGUGCACUGUUCUUCGCGUUCUCGUUUUGUCUUCGUUCUUUUUUGUCUUCGCGUGCUUCCUUUCUUGUCUCCUCCCUGCUCGUUCUUUGUUCGCCACCACCUAUCUCGGCCCCCGUCCUAUCGUAGCGGGCAGCGAUGGGUUUACCACAGCGGCCGCUACUCGUUUCCCCUUGUCUUCACUGGAGGUGUGGCGGCUGCGCUCGCAAGAACGCACCGCCGAAGCUGGUCGCUAAGUCGCGAAGGUAUGGGAUUAGCCGCUUCGGUUAUUUUAGCCGCUUGAUGAAGAUUAUUUUUCUAUGGAUGAAGAUUCAUCUUCAUUUAUAAUUUCUUAUCACGAAUCUGUAGCUAGCAUGCAGAAUGAGUUCAAAAAAGCCACCUAGGAAAUCACAAUAAAGAGGCAUGAUACCGUACCACUACAACUAGUUAGAGCACCCACGUCAACCGUACUGCCGCUCGUAGGUAAGAAGAUCGGCGAAAGCUAUUAUCUAGUGGAAAUGGCGACAGACGGCAGGACGCUUACUAUCAGUGCUUACGAUGGAGACACACAAAAGACGCUUGAGCUUCUGGUACUUCUAUGUUAGCUUCUGGUACGAGUUCUUGUGAAAAAUGUUCCCUUAAUGAGAAGACAGUGGAUCUUUCGACCAGCGCAUCAUCAUCGUCACUACCACGUAAUCCUUCCCCAAAAUGACAGGUCAACGAAAAGAACCACCGCAGAAUAUACAGGGAAUGCAAUGGGGAUUAUUCACUAGUGGCCAAUCGCUUGCACGUUGAGAGAGACCGACUCAUUCUUGUGGACAGCAACACAGCAACGAAAGGGACCGGUGGAGCGGCGGUGAUUUAUUCUUCUCAUUUAUUCUUCUGACCUAUUCUUCAGGAAAUAGCUAUAGGAACUAUUUAUUCUUUUGUUUUCCAGCUGGCAAAGAUCAUCACAUCUUCUAUCUCGUGUCUAGGGUGAAGUAGCUGUGUCAUUUUUUGCUUUACCCUUCUUUUCUUUCUUUUCUAGGCCAAGCAGCUGAGUGCGGACGAGAUGGUGCAGAAGACCGGAAAGCAUGUUGACAUCUCUGUCGGCAAGGACGGUGUAGCAGGCGUGAAUCUGAAGAAGUAA